CUAUGUCCGCAGCUGCUGCUCUCCGUCCGUCACAGUUGCUUUCCCUCUGCCAAUGUAGUUAGUUUUCUGUGCUGGGAGCUGUGUCCACUGAUUUGUCCGCCUUGCUGGUGUUUUAAAGGUGCAUUAAAGGUGCAGUGACCAGACUUCUGCCUCCUGUGUCCCUGUAUACUAUUCUGGCGGCCAUUUGGAACCUGCUACACAUUGCACAAAGCCAAGGACCACGGAUCUGUCCGCUAACUGGGAGACAGCGAAUGGCCUGGAUAGCAGACGGCCAAACCUUCUUUUCAACACCAUCCCCCCAACACAUGUUGGUGUCUUCAUGCCAUUUUUAGACUGGUUCUUCACUCCCUGUAGCUGAGGGACGUUCCACUCAAGCGCUGAGUUAUUCUGCAGGUGGCCAGGUGGAGUCUGCUCAUUGCACCUGCAUGGCUGCUGUGACUGAAUCCUAUUCACAUGUUGUACCAAUGUUCUUCAAGAUUAAUGUAGCCGUGAGAAUGAGGGGCUUAAAAACAUGCACUUAGGAGGCAGCAUACUGGACUCAAGGAUGGAGGAACCUUUGGAUUUACUCCUCUGUUCAUCAAGCGGGAAAAAUCUUUUGUACUGCUAAAUCUUUUUAUGUUUUGUAUCUGGACAUGAUUUUUAGCCUCCAUUUUUUUGUCUUUACAUUAUCUUGGUUUGCACAUAGUAUAUAUCCUCUUUACCUCAUUAACAAAGCUAUUGGUCUGGGUUUGCACAUUUUUCUUUGGUAUCUCAUUGGCAGGGUUAGAGUAGAAUGAAAAUACCUUUAUUGUCCCACAAUGGGGAAAUUCAAAUUUGACAAUGACAGCAACAAGUAGACAGAAGACACCGGAUUUACACACAAGAUUAAUUAAAACUGAGAGAACUGGUCGUCUAGUUGGAUUAAGUGGUUUAGAGUUGCAAGGCACAGGGUUUGCAUUCCUGUAAAAGAACACAGAUACAGAUGUCCAAUGUAUGGCUGAUUUAUUUGCUGUGGUUUGUAAUAACAAUUAAGGUUGUCAAAAGUAUUGAUACUCUGAAAAGAAAAAACACUGCAUCCAGAACUAAUAUUAACUUGGCAUAGUAUCGAUAUGCUAAAUGUUUUAGCAUGAGGCAAACGAAGAAGGGAAACCCAAAGAUUGUGACAAGCCUGUGUGCAAACAGUGCUUUAAAGAGGUGGCACGAAGUCAAGCAGCUCAAUAAACUUGGCCAAACAUCUCAACAGUCAACACCCUUACAGGUUAUUAAAUUAAAGUUCCUGUUCAUGAUAUAAUACAUCAAACAUAUUAUUGAUGUUAGCUUGACCAGCGGUCCACAUUAAUGUUGUGUGAUUAGCUGUGGCUAGCAUGCUACUAGGCAUGUGUUAUAUUUGGGUUAUUUAUUUAGCAUUUAUGUGCACACUUAUUUAACUAGCAUCUGUGUCUGUUGAGAAAGCAUGUUCCAUGUUUUUCAUGCUAAUAAAAUAUUUGUAUGUCUUUAAUUAUUUGUCUUUUUUCCCUCUGUAGUAUUCCCUUAAUUGGCUUCCUGUUAAAUCAAGAAUAGAAUUUAAAAUUCUCCUUCUCAUAUAUAAAACCCUUAAUGAUCAAGCUCCAUCAUUGAGAUCUAAUUGCCCCACUUUGCUCUCAGACUGCAGGUCUGCUGGUGAUUCCCAGAGACUCUAAAAGCAGAGCUAUUUAGUUAUCAGGCACCUCUCCCAGUUUUCUGCCCGUGAGGUAGACACCCUGUCUACUUUUAAGACUAGGAUAACCCUGGGCUCACACUGAAUACGGUGCAGUUACGGUUGCAGCGCCGCAAGGAACCGAAUCAGUGUGAACACUCACAGUUUUUCUGCAAAAAAUUCCUCAAAAAGGAAGUUUGACCAGAUGCCACAGCAGUUCCCGGAUCAAGCUCCUGAAUUUUACGGGCCAAACAGGAAACGUCGGGGGCUAGACAGGAUAAAGUUCUGGUGAAUGUAGGAAUAAAAUAACUGCACCAACUUACGCUAUCUUAACUAGUGUAAAAACAAAACAUCAACAUGGAAACAGGGAAGCUUUUGGCGGAUGAAAUAAGAUAAUUAUGCGCACUGAUAAGUUUUGCCCUAAGAAAUUAAAACCAUGGCUGUUUUUUAAUAAUUUAUGAGGGAUAGCAACAGAAAGAACCACAUGAACCUAUGUUCUCGCCAGCGUGUGAUUGGGGGUCUGCGGCAAACCUGAUCUGGAUCAGGACCGUAACCUGCACCGUAGUCGACGUGAGCUCCGGGUUAGGAGGGCUUGAAUUGUUAAUAGGAAUUUUUUUAACUCGGAAAAAAAAGGUCCCAUUUUAAAUUGUCAAUUCUUUUGCAAAAAGAUUCUCCAUUAUUGGAAAUUGAUAUACAAACAUAAUGUUUCUACUCACAACUCAACCUUAUGAAAUAAAAGGGAGGAAUUCCCCUUAUAUGAAACUGUGGUAUGAAGAAAAUAUUUUGUUUGUAAAUGAUCUAUUGGACUCCAGCAGAAACCCGUUAUAAAGCAUUUUCUAAUAAAUCUAAUCUAACCCCUUAAGCCCAGAGGGGGUGUAGGAGCAAUUUGUUUCAACCUUUCUAUUUACAAUAACUAGAGUUGUUUUCCUGGAAAUAAGGUACUGCCACACAAACACCACAAAAGACUUCUUGACCUUUUUGAGCCAUUUUGUCAUCAGGUCGUCAGUGAUAUCCGUCAGGUUCGCGAUUCUUUGUCGCCCUCUCCAGGUGAGCACCAUCGUCACUGAAAAUGGAAGGAAUACGGGAAAGAAUACAGAGAAGAAUACAGGAAAAAAUACCCAUUUCUUCUGAAAUUGAAGUGCCCUCACUGGGAUGUUCAAUGCUGUUUAACUUUAUCACGCCCAUCCUUCAGAUUUCAGUGGGCGCGGUAUACUUGGACGAGUGUCCGAUCCAGGAGAAGAUCCCCAUCUUCCUGAUUACGUUUGGUGUCAUUCAAUUGAUGCUCAAUUUCACGACUUGCCUGUCCUGCAAGGAUUCUAAAAACGACACCCUGUUGAAGCUGAGACGGGGCUGUACCGUCUUGAAAUCCAUAACGACCCUGUUCCUCUUCUGUUGGUUCAUCGCUGGUAACGUUUGGGUUUACUCCGUUUACCAGCCCAGCUACAGCAAGAACGCUACGGAUGUGAGCUCCUACUGCAACAAGACGCUCUACCUGGUCGCCUUGUGGACCGUCACGGCUGUCUACAUCAUACUGGGUCUGAUACUUCUCCUUCUGUUAAUCGGCUGCUGCGUCCUCUCCUGCCUUUUAUCGUGCGAUUCCGACAACCACAACACCUCUGACGACGACGACAACAACACCCGUGGCGACAACCCCUGAGAGACUCUGCAGAGAAAAUCUAAACCAGGGUCCCUCUGAACCGAUGAUCGCGCAUCAGCUGCUGAAUCUCCAGGCCUUUUUCUUUUUCUUCUUCUUCCUGCUGUCGGUGAAAGUGGAUGUUGUUCUUCCCCUCUCCCUCCCCGUGUCUUCCCUGCUUCUGCUCUCUGCCGUGUGUUGCUUUUUAAAUCUGUUGGAGCCUCUCUUUACACAUCUUCCAAAUAGUAAAUGAUGGAUCUGGUGGGAGGGAAUAGAUCUUGGAAAAGUUGGAAGCUUGACAACAAGUUUGGCUGUUUGGAUUGCCACUGAGAAGGACCAGAGAGAUUUUAAGGCAGACAUAAAAUGAAUAAGAAUCAGCCUACCCCCAAAACAAUAUCUGUCAUCUGAACUGACUCCUCCGUGUCAUGGCCCCUUUAACUGAAAUGGCUUCAGUGAGACUCGUCUUGUAAAGUCGGAGGAAAGUUUGCCUCAAUCCAAACUGUCAGCUGUCUGACUUAAAAUGGGCUGAACUUGCAAGAACUAGAUUUCAUCUUAAUUUUUACCUAAUUGUGCAAUAUUUACUCCGGUAUUACUAUUUACUUUGUUAUCUUCUAUUCUUGGCAUUUCUUUAGAACUAACUUUAGAUUAGACUGGUCUGUUCUUUCUUCUUCUUCUUUCUCAUUGCUAAUAUUUGUGUGUCUUUGACUCGGUCGCACACGGAUUUCCCCACUGUGGGACAAUAAAGGCAUACUUAUCUUA